AUGAAGUUCACUUCGACCUCCGCGCUCGUGAGCGCCCUGCCUCUGGCUGCAGCCUUCCCAGCCCAUAUGCUGGAGGCGAUCAAGAAUGACCCGAACGUCGAAGCCCGUGCCGCCGACGUGAUGGCACUCGCGAAGCGUCAAGCUGGUGCAGACGCUGCCACUGCCAUUUUCGAGGCCAUUCCCACCUUUGACGCUGCGAAGCAACUCAUUGAUGUCGGUCCAGGGAGUGGGCACGAGUGGCAGGCUCCUGGUCCGAAUGACCUUCGUGGAGUGUGCCCCGGCUUGAACGCCUUUGCCAACCACGGCUUCUUGCCACGAUCGGGCUAUGCCACUAUCCAGCAGUUCAUUGAUGUCACGACCUCGGUCGUCGGCAUGGGAGAGGAUUUGGCAGGCUUUUUGGCAAUCCUGGGAGCUUUGAUCGACUCGGGAGACCUUCAAGCGUGGUCCAUCGGCGGGACUCCACCACCAGGAGUGGGCGGACCUCUCGCGCAGGGAGGCAAUGGAUUGAUCGGGUCGCACAACAAGUACGAGAACGACGUAUCUCCCACGCGGCCAGACUUGUAUCAGGCGGGAAACAACUACAUCACGCAAGCCAGCCAGUUCCAAGAACUCAUCAACGUCUCUCCCGGCGGAGUCGUCACCUUGGACAGUCUAACCACGCACCGCUCCAACCGAUUCGACUCGUCCAUUGCCAACAACCCUUACUUCUUCAACGCCCCCUUCCCCGGUCUCCUCGUGCAAUCCGCCGCUUUCACAUUCAUCUACCGCUUCAUGGCCAACCACUCCGCCGAAGACCCCAUCGGCACACUCUCCUACUCCACCAUCAAGAGCUGGUUCGCCAUCAGCGGCGAAGACGGAAAUUACUCAGCCACGCAAGGCCACGAACGAAUCCCGGAUAAUUGGUAUCGCCGCUCUCUCACAUCCACGUACACGAUCCCUUAUUUCCUCGGCGACACGGUCGUCGCAGCAGGAUUACACGCCAAAUUCCUCAACGUGGGGGGCAAUUUAGACGGGCAAACGAAUAAUUUCGCAGGCGUCAAUGUCUCGGAUUUGACGGGUGGGGUGUUCAAUUCUGCGGAUUUGUUGCGGGGGAAUAAUUUGGGUUGUUUUGCUUAUCAGACUGUGGCGCAAGUUAAGACGGAUUUUCUGCUGGAUGAUGUGCUCAAUCAGGUGCAGAGUGCUGUUGGGUCGGUGGUUGAGCAGUUGGGAUGUCCGCAGUUGAGGAGGUUGGAUGAGGAGCAGUUGGAGCGGUUUCCGGGUUAUCAGAAGGCUCCGAGUUUUGGGAAGAUGAUUUAG